AUGAAUUCCGCUGCUUAUAUAUCAAUAAUUUUAGGCUGUUGCGUACUGUGGGUGGCUUGCUCUUUCCCAGUAGCACUGUCGUGCGAUUCAUGUGGCCGAGAAUGCGCAUCUGCUUGUGGUACGAGACACUUCCGGACGUGCUGUUUUAAUUACCUCCGAAAACGCAGCUCACCACCACUGCGAGACUCUGUCGGACCAGAUAAACAAUUGGAUCUUUGGUAUGGGGCGAAAACAGCGGAACAUAAACCUCAGGAAACCCAUCGAGACUUCAAUAAUUUCCUGAUGAAAAAUGCAGAAGCAGAUAUCGACUAUGAAUACGUACCGAUUGUAUCAACAAAUCAUCUUGCGCUUGGAAAAACUCAGACUGGAACGCGGAACAGUUUACUUCGAAACCCUCCAAUUAAUCAACCAGAACAUGAUGAAAAUAAUGAAAAAUCUUCGGAAGAGGCUCAAGCAGGUUCAUUGCAAUUGCUUUACGAAGCUUAA